CAUGGACUUGGUCGUACGCACGAUAACCAGGUGGUACAUUACAACGUUCUAGCCUCACAGAUUAAGUCAUGUUACUAUCUAUUCCUUUUAUCUCUGACCAUGCGCCAGCACAUACACACACACACACACUCUCUCUCUCUCUCUCUCUCUCUCUCUCUCUCUGUCUCUCCAGAUCCAAGUCCCUUUCCUGUCAGCCUACCGAGCAGGCAGGCUGGGGCUGCGCCGCACACCCUACACGGCCCAAUCAUUGGACGACCCUACCCCAAAGUCGCAGGUUACACCCUCUACUUUAGGCGACGAUCACCGAGAGCCAACCGAACGGACGGACAUUGGUAGCGGGGAGGAGGAGGGGAAGGGGGGUGUACUGCAUGUCGUUGCACAUUGCAUGUUCG